GAUCACGGAAAAUCCUAAAUAUCCGGGCAUGUGACUGCAAGACGGUAGUGUUUAGCUGUACGCCCUACCCGAUCGCAAGAAAUUGCUUGUUUAAAAUAAUGAUUUUGCGCAUUAUAACGCCAUGCCUGAUUAUAACGUUAGUGAGCAUAAAGGUAGCAGAGAACAAAUUGUACACGUCAGCGUGGGAUGCGAUGGAACCAGUGAAUCGUCUUCGACGUCCUGUGCCAGAAUUAGGAAAUUCAUCAGUAGUGGAUGUACUUUUCCCUAACUCCAAUAUAUUUUCGUUGAUCACAGUUAAUAGCAGAGUGCUACAUCUGAUCAGCGAGAAUAACGUGGGGAUGGAGGAGAAGAAUGAUUUUUGUAAUUCCUCUAUGCAGAAUUUCGCACAGCAAGCAGCAGCUUUCACGAAAUGCUUGCUGAGUUACGCCCGUCCUUUUCGACUAUGUGAAAAAUGCGUGACAGACUACACACUCACCCGCCACCAGUAUCAGAUUAUUCAGAAUGAUAGUGUAUGUUCACAGCGACUUCUUCUUUCUGACAGCAUCGAUACCAUUGAUACAAUAUAUUCUGCUGUCACCAAUGUUUGGAGCACUGCUGACUGUGAUAAAUGUUUUCUUGAAGUUUGGGAGAAUGACACCACAGGAGAAGUUGAGUUCAACUUACCAGAAAUGCUUUAUUCUUCAUGAAUACAGUAUAUAAUCUAACCAUAUGCUUCAACUCAUCAAUUGAGCUAUAUCUUGAAGAGAGUGGUUCGCUUCCUAGAAAUACUACUGUUUGUAAUGACUGCCGAAGCCUGUACAAGCGUCUCAACAGCCAUUUUGAAACUAUGUGGAGCGAUUCUGAUGGUCAUGUAUGCAUGGAUCUGAUUGACAUGAUGAACUACACACGACUUAUGUGGAGUGCAAAGUUUAACUGCCGCCGACCAGGUGCAGAUGCAACAGUUCUGAUCAUUAUUACUGUGUUGAUGGCAUUCCUGACCAUGCUUCUCUACCUUGUGUGCAGAUUCAGUGCUGAGAUUAGAAAGAUACAAAUAGCUAAAACAAAGAGAAUGCCAAAUAAACCAAACUAUGGAGCUAUCAAGCAUGGUGAUAUGGAAAACAGUCUGUCAAGUGUGCCUGGUUCUCUUUCAAGUCACAGAGUUCGGACUUAAGUGGAUUCCAAAUGAAUAAAUUAGCAAGCUGUGUAUAUUUUUGUAACAACUACCAGGUCUGAGUUCCACAAUGUAUUUGCAUAUGUUGAUAUUAUAACUUUUAUUUUUGAAUGUUGAUGUAUGCCUAUACAUUUAUUCUCACACAAAAUAAUGAUACUGUUGAUAAUAAAUGCAGUAUAUUGGAAACUUUUUUCCCCUAAAAAGCAUCAGGUAUUAUGUGAAUGCAUUGAAGAUUUGUUUGACUUUCUUGUUUACCCAUCCACACAUCCAUUACCCAGACAUGCAUGCAGGUACAAUGCUCUAUUUCAAUAUGCCUUAGGAUUUUGAUGUUCCCUUCCCUUUUUUUCUGUCAUUAUCCUGCCCACCAGUAACUCUCCAAGAAAAAGAUGAAAUUAAUAUAAAAUUUAUUGUGAUCAUAUCUGCUAUCACUUCAGAUAUAAACUAUCUACUUUUAUUUGAGCAAUCUUCUUCAAAAGCAUACACAUGUUCAUAUAUGUGUGGAUGUUUUUUUUUGCUGGAGUUAGAUUUUAUCAAAAUGGCCAGUUACAAUUUAGACUUUGCUUCCUACAUACAAUGUGUUAAGAAUUCUUAAAAAAAAAAGAAGUCAAGUUACAGUUGAAGGGUUUCUGCUGAGGUAAAUUCUAUUCAGGUAAGUGCAUGUACAUAUCUUCCAUAUUCUGCUUGGCAUAUGUAAAUCUAAGAUAAGCUGUGUAAGAAGUCUGGUUUUUUUCCAUUGAGGAAUCUGAGUUGCUUUUGUAGAUAUAAUUUGUCGGUCAUCCACGAGUAAAGAACAAAGAUAUAUUUUCUGUAUUUUUUUUUUAGCUUUCACACUAUUAAACCUGUCUGCAUAUAAGUAAUUCUCCACAAGAUUCUGAGUAAAUGGCACAACUAUUUAUAUAUGACUACGGGCCUUUUAUAUUGAAGCCUUUGUGGAAUCCAUAUGGCAGACCUUUUCAUUGACUAUCUUAUGAAUUACCAGAUGCAAUAAACUCAUUGAUUUUUUUU